AUGCUUGCAGCAUCCAUAAAAACAUCUGAAGACAGAGCUGGACACCUCUUUGGAUUUGAUGAGGCACUUGAAACUCUAGGUGUUAAAUUUAUUAAAGGCUUUAUAAAUGGAAAUGCAAUUGAUGAAGAUAACAUGAAAUCACAAAUAAGUGCUGCACAAACCAAACAUGAGAGAAUUGGUGUUCUUUUCUCUGAAUAUUUGAAUGAUACCACAACUCCUCAUGGAACCAGAGCAAUAAAGACACACAAAGAAACUAUAUGGGAUUUAUUUAAUCAUUUAUUAGACACACUUAAUGUUGCAGAUAAUAAAGCACUUGAAUGCAAUUUAUGGAAAAUAACAAAACCUUGUGCAUUGAAUCCUAUUGGAAUGCAACAACUUUUUGAUUGCUAUACAAAUGGACAUGAAAGAAUGAAUUUUAUUUCUGAAAAGAAGACACCUACUCAAUUUUCAGAUAAUUCUUUACAAAUCCAACCAGUUCAAAUUAUUAGAUUGUUUUCUGAAUCAAGUUAUCUACAAACACAGACCCAACCUCAUCUACAUGGACCAGUAGAAAAUGAGGACUAUUCAGUAGGCAGUGAGGCCUUUUAUUUAGAUCUAGGAGAGUCGUUUAGCAGGAGAACACCUAAAUGGAUAGAAAGAUCAAAAGCAAAUGUUGAACUAAUGCAUAGUUCUGUGUGUAAAACAGCCAGAAACUCAUUUAUAUUCAUUGGAGGAACUUACAAAAAUGAUCAUAAUCCAGAGAGAGAAAAUCCACUUAUUGAAUAUAACCAUGAAUAUGAUAUAUGGCUUUUACCUUAUACUGAAGAACCUUUUGAUUGGCGAAUAAAUACUCAAUGUGUUUCGGAUAAUAAAGGAACCGCUUAUAUUUUUAGUGGAUAUACCCAAUUUAUUCCAACUAACAAUAUUAUGCACAUAUUGGAUACAGUUAAUAUGAUUUGGUCAACUGGCUCAAUAGAAAAUGCACCAUCAUAUAGACAUGGAUACACUUCUACUAUGUUAUCUAAUGGUUUAAUUGUAUAUAUUGGAGGAUGCAAUGAUUCUGAAUCAGUAUUAAAUACUGCACAUGCCUCUUGUGAAUGGUCAACACCAAAAAUUUCAAAAAAUGCUGAUACACCCCCAUUGCUUUAUGGACACAGUGCAACCUCAAUUGACAAAUAUAUGAUAGUUGCAUUUGGUUAUAUAAGUUCUAAAAUCAAAACUAAAAAAUACAAUAAACAUUUAUAUAUUUUUGACAUGGAAUCUUAUAGCUGGGUUGAUAAAUUUAUUGUGUCAGAAUCACUACCAAAACAACCAUCACAUUUUCCUAAGGGAAGAAAAUUAAGAAUCCCAGAAAUGGUUCCUUUUCCAAGUAUUGUGGCAAAACUUGAUGUUAUUGGAGUUUUAGGAUUGCAUGUGAAAUGUACUUGGAGUUAUGAGAAAAAUAAAAAUAUAUUGCUUAUGCUUCUUGAAGAAGUAUUUGUUCAUGAUCCUUUGAUAUUAGAUUUGUGA